AUGUCUUCCAUAUCCAGAGACGUCACAUUAAUAGUUCAAUCCACGAGUUUGUCUGAUUUCCAGAAAAUCAAGCAGUUGAAGUCAGUAGUCACAAUAAGCAAUGUGGCGGAACUUGCUUUGCCUAUAUCUGAAAUCGAUGAUUCAUACAAUGUGAUACUCUAUCUCAUACGAAUUGAAUUGAUUAUAGCUCACAGUGAAGAUUAUCUGAAACUACCAGAUUUGUUUAGAGAAUUGCUGCUCGUCCCUUACUUGAAGAAUAUCAAUUCAUCCUCUGUAUCUCCUCAGAACUUCAAAGAAACAUAUAUCAAGACCACCUACAACGACAACCUCACCGAUUACCAGUAUCUCAUUCAGAAUCCAAAUAACCGCAAGUUGUUGGACUUAAUAAACAAGAAAAUGUUGUUGGUGUCAAAUUUGCCUUCCACAGAUGAAACUUAUCAUGACCUUAACAGGCUCAUUAAUCUCAAAAUCUUGGAGCUCUUUAUAAUUUCGUCAUACGACUUCAGAAAGAAAAAUAUCUUAAAGCACUUACAGGAAGACAUGAAGCUUGAUACAGACGAGUCUUCACCCGUCACCGAACUAGUAGACCUCUUAGCUUCUGGAAGAGUGAUUCCAUUCGAUCUUUGGCAAAAAGCGUUGUCGUCAGACUUUGGUAACAAUUACUAUUUUCUAAUACGCAGAUGUAUGAACACAAGCCAGUUGAUAGUAAAUUGGUUAGAGAAUAAUAUCGUUUUGCUAUCGAAGUACUACAUUUCGAUUAAAAUAUCGAAAGUAUAUCAGUUGUUCCAUAUAUCGUCUGACAUAGAAGUUGAACAGGUGAUACUCGAUAUGGUUGUUCACAAGAAGCUUCCUACUAACUCGAAAAUCGACCAAAUAGAGGGUAUAUUGGUAUUUGGACAAGAGGAG